ACAUCCGGGUGAGCGAAGCCUUUCCGCGCCUUUUCGCUUUAUGGACUCUUCGAGCUCGCUUAAUCUUUAAUGAUAAAUAAACAAUAAAAUGUGUUUUAGUAUCAACUGUAGUUACAGAACGGUUGUUAAUGGUAUAGUCUUAUUUUCCAGAUAAUUAAUAGCACACGAUAGCUGCGUAAUUAGUAGAUAAACAUGCUGCUACCUUCAGAUGUGGCGAGACUCGUACUCGGAUACCUUCAGCAGGAAGGACUGAGUUCCACAAGUCGAGCAUUUAUACUGGAAAGUCCUAAUUUGAGGGAAUAUGCUGAACACAGCUCUGAUGAUGGAGCUAUCCCUGCCUGCGUGUUUUCUCUUUUUGGAAAAAACCUGACCACGAUUUUAAAUGAAUAUGUUGCUGCUAGAGCGAAAGAAACAUGUCAGGAGAAUCAGAUACCAGCCAUGAUGACAUCUUUAUGGAAAAAGCUGGAUUUUACACUAAACCAGAUAAAAUCGAUGCAAAACUCUCCUGCUGUUCAACAAAUACAGAGACUCCGAACCCAGAACAGCAUUCAGAACAGGCGAUGUCAGAGAAAUCUGUCCACAUCUCAGACUUCUAGCACAGAGGGUCUGUCAGUAUCGACUCCUAGAAACUGUGUUGCCAGUCCAAUCGCAGCUCCUCAGGGCAUGCUUGGACACUCCACCCCAGUUUGCUACACUUCCCAGCAGACCAGACCCUCAACCCUAAGCCUCUCUCAACCAGGAGACUCAACUUUACAAAUAAUACUGCCUGAUCAAAGAUUUACCCCAGGACCUCUCUCUCCAGCACGCAGGAAAUGUGACUCACCUAGGCGAAGGGGUGGAGGCCAGAGUGGAACUAGUAGAAGCUCUGCAGUUCCCAGCACCCUCAGUGUGGAAACACAGAGCCAGGAGGCAGUGACCGAGAACUUAUCUCAAAUGGUGAUUGAAAAUGCACGAGAAAAAAUUCUCAAUGACAGAUCCUUGCAAGAAAAACUAGCUGAGAAUAUCAACAAAAUCUUGGCAAGCAGUGAUAACAGCCCCCAGAUAUCGAAGGCAGCUUGCAGCGCAGUGGAGCAGGAGCAGUCGAUAGAUGAAAUACUGGGUCUGCAGGGAGAAAUCCAUAUGACUGAUGAUGCCAUCCAAGACAUUCUCGAGCACACUGAGUCAGACCCUGCCUUUCAGGCUCUGUUUGAUCUCUUCGAUUAUGGAAAAACUAAAACAGCUGAAGACAGUGAGCCAGCUGGUGAAAGUUUCAGCAACAGUACUCAGGAAAGUGAUGAGACUGGCCAUGCAGACAGUGCUACAGACACAGGCACUGGACACGAAGACUCAACAUCAGGAACUGAGACUACCACAAGAAAACUAAGGAGCAAGAAUGUUCCAGAAUUGAAAAACAAAAAGAAGUCAUCUGUUUCUCCCAACACAGGCAGACUGGCUACAGCUUCUCAGUCACGUUCACUGCGAAAGAGAACAGAAGCUACAAAAGGAAGUACACCAGCAAAAAAAGGAACCAGCAAGAGCAAAGUUUCAGUCUGUGAUAAACAGACAAGACCCUCUUGCUCUAAAUCUAAAAGGCAGUUAAACAACAAAGCUGAUAUACAAUCCACAUCAAGUGCCUCUCUGUCUGAGGAAGGAACAAGCAUGGUAAUAGAUGAACAGUCAGACGAAAUGUCUGAAACACUUAGUCCUCAGAAAGUUUUCCAGCCAGUCCUUCAGGAGAGCUCUAGUAUUAACAGCAAGGCCACCAAUGUGAAGACCAGUAAAGGAACCUCAGCAUCUAGCAUCCAUGCGAAACCCACUCCUGGUGUUGCAGCAGAAGCAGAGAAGCAGGGAACUGCACUAUUAUCUGCAAAACAAAACUGUUCCACACCUGUAGCACCUAAAAUUUCAGGCCAAAGCACAGUUGAAUCUUUACUCCACAAACAAACACACAACACUGAUGUUCUAAACAAAAUAUCAUCUCAGCAGCCUGCAACAAAUAAGGUUUUUCUACCUGCCACUGAAGGGAAUGAUACAGGCCUUAAACAAACCAUGCUCAGCACUUCAAAAGGUAUUAAUCCUCCUUCUGCAGCCACUCCCACUCCAUCUGCAACAGCCUGUGUUCCUCAGUCCCAAACCACAGCAGAGCCCGACCCUAAUAAGAUAGUGGCUCUGAAAAUCAUCAUCAGUGACGAGCAGGAAGAACAGAACAACGAGUCUGCUCUAAACCAGGCUGUUUCCAGCAUCAGCGAAGAACGUAUCCCAACCAUCUUCCUUUCAUCCCCUGCUAAAUCUCCAGCCAAGGUCCUGUCUGCUCCAACCUCCUCCAUAACUCCAGAGGAGACUGCACAGGCAGUCAGCAGUUUACAGGGCGUUGAUGCCACUGGAGCACCAAUAUUAAGCAUCCAGAACGCUCCGCAGCCUUCCCCGGCCCGUCCACUGAGCGUGGCUGGUCAGGAGACAGGCUUCAUCCAGCUGUUAUCUACCAACACAGCAAUUGGAGGACAAAGCAGCUUUUUUGUUGUGACUGAUCCAACUGUUGCACAAGGAUCAGCAUCUUCUGCAUCGCAGCUGGUGGCUACACCACCUCGAUCACGAGCUGUUGUGACCAUGGCUGCAAAUGUAUCUCAGACCUUCUCACCUGCAUCAGCCAUCAUCAUUUCCUCCCCAGUUCAGCCUGUGCUACAGAAUAUGGCAGUUCCAGUGUCUGUAUUUGGGCAGAGCAACACAGGAAAUGUUACAGUGCUACCCAAUCAGAUGUUGGCUUUGCCUGGUCCAACAUUGGUGAACCAACCUGCCAGGGGUGUGGCAAAACCCAAACUGAUGCCUAAGGACAGUGCUGACCUGGGAAAAAAUGGAAAACAUGGAUCCAAUCAGGUUUCCAACUCCUCUCAAAGUUCAGAGCAGGUAAAGACAGCUAGUGGAGCAAGUCCUUCUCAUCGGAGAAUACUUUGCUUUGAUGAAACGACUGGCCAAGCAAAUACAGCAAGCACUUGCGCUUCCUCUGGUGUACAAGACCGAUCAAGGACAGGCCAGAUCCAGCCUUGUAGUUUGGCCAGCAGUGGUGCGCAGAAGAGGGAUAGUUCAGGAACGAGAGACUCUCAGAAAGCUGUUGUUCAUCAGCAGCAAAAAGAGCAUAAAAAAAGCAUGCAGAAUGAAAUUAAUACCAAUCAAGCUGCAGGUGUCAGCAUUUCCCCAAACAAUUCCACACAGCAAGAUCUGCAGUCACAGCUUGUGUCGAAUAGGGAAGCUAACUUAACUGUAUCACAAGACACAAGCCAGAGUUUAAAGUGUACCACUCAACCUACAAGCCACAAACCUACCACAGUCAGGAAAGACACUUCACAAAAAGAAUCUCUUCAAGUAACUCCUCAGAAAUCACCAGAGGAACCUCCCAAGAUCAGCACUUCACAGGACUCUCCCGGCAUCACUGCAAACAAGGAGAACGAGGUAGAUGGAGAUCAACGUCAAUUAGCAGCACCUUCAGCACCUACAGCACGACCCUCUACACCUGUAUCUCAAAGCAUGUCUAAUAAACCUUCUAGCAAGACCAGUCCACUCACCAAGCAGGCCAUAGAGAUGCUGCAGGACAUACAGAGCCAAAGUCCUACUGCCACCACACCCAGGAGGAAAGGAACUGGCUGCUUGGAUCUUCCCCUUCCUAGAACGCCCGGAUCAGGUCGCCUCCAGGAAGACUUCAUGGAAGGUUUGAGGACUCCCUCAAGACAGAGGCUCGGACGAGAUGCGGAAGGCACACCGAGGCAACUGGCCCCUCCUGCCACACCUGACAUUCCCUCCUGCAGCCCAGCCAGUGAGGCAGGAAGUGAGAACAGCAUCAACAUGGCCGCCCAUACCCUCAUGAUACUGUCUCGUGCCGCCAGAACAGGAGGGCCCUUAAAAGACAGUCUGCGUCAGGAGGAAGCUGGUUUAGCUAAAACCAGUGCUUCCAAAGGGAAGAAACGCAAGCAUACAGAACCAAGUCCUUCAGCGAAGAAAGAACUGCAACUUUCUGGUUCAUCAGGCAGUAAAAAGAAAUCAAAGAAGCAGAAGAAACUGCUGGACUCUUUUCCUCAUGACCUAGAUGUCGACAAGUUCCUGUCAUCCCUCCAUUAUGAUGAAUGAAAUGCAAAACCUAAACCUAAACCGGACUUUUUCUUGUUUAUGCUUCAUGUGGUAGUUGUGUAUAGUUGUAUAUGUAAAAGCUGUUCUAUCCCAGGGAAAGUUAUUGUACAGAUCGGUUCUUGUAUAGUCAUUUUGCCAUAAUGCUGCAGUUAAAAAAUACUUCUGAAUUUAUUUAUGUCCAACAUUACACUUCACCGACAGUUCUGCAAUGUUAAAUAUUUGUUUUAAUUAAAUCAAACUAACAAAUCAAUCACUUAAACUGUGAAUAACACCUUUUCAAUUUGAGAUGUUUGGAUGAUUUAUGUGACUUGCCGCUAGAGGGCGUUUUAUGAACGUGCAGCUAGGCCAGGGCUUUUCUAUCCUGCUCCUGGUGCCACGCUGCCCUGCAUAUUUCAGAUUUAGUGGAUUCCCUGCUUCAGCACACCUACUGCAACUCUAAAAGGACUGGUUAAUGAGCUGAUGAGUUGAAUCAGGUGUGUUGGAACCAGGAGAUGCAGUAGCAGUAGAUGUGGAAAGGCAAGGUGCCUCUAGACCUAGGAGUGUAGUUAAAAUAAAUAAUAAAAUAAUUGAGUUAAUUAGA